ACAAUGAGUGAAGACAAAAUAAACGAUUGGGGUUGAUUAGGUGAACCCAAUAAGACCAUCACAUUAAAUGAUUGCUUUAAGCCCUAGAUCUUCAGAAUCUCCCUCUCAAUAUGUGUAUCCCCACUCUCAUUUAUAUCUCUCUCCCUAGGGAACGACAAAAAGAAGUUUCUUCCUUCUUAAACUCUGAUUCAUUCAUCACCUCUCUCUCUCUUCCUCUCUCACCCCCAAAACAAAAAACCCAGCUGCAUGAACUCAUCAAGUCACCACCAUAAACAAAGCUAUUGCUAGGGUUUGAUCAAAGUCAUCAUAAGAAAGGGAAAGAAGAGAUUUCUUAUAAUAUGGGAUGGAUUAUAGGACUAUGGUUUUUAAUGGGUACUUUUUUAUUAUGUUGGUGGUUUUUGUUUAUGAAGAAGAAGAAGAAUAAAGUGAAGAUGAAUAAGAAGAAAGGAAAAGUUCCAAGAGGGAACAAAGGUUGGCCUUUACUUGGAGAGACCCUUGAUUUCAUUGCUUGUGGAUACACUUCUAACCCCGUCAGCUUCAUGGAAAAGCGCAAGUCUUUGUAUGGUGAUGUAUUUAAGACGAGUAUUUUGGGAACCGGUGUGAUUGUGUCCACAGACCCAGAUGUGAACAAGGUGAUUCUACAAAACCAAGGGAGCAUCUUCAUCCCAGCUUAUCCAAAAUCAAUUAGAGAACUAAUGGGAGAACACUCUAUACUUCAAAUGAAUGGGAACAUGCAUAGGAAACUUCAUGCACUCCUAGGAGGAUUCCUACGAUCCCCACAAUUCAAAGCUCGAAUCACAAGAGAUAUUGAGCACUCUGUCAAACAAUGUUUAGCUUCUUGGACUCACCAACCAAUAUACGUUCAAGAUCAAGUCAAAAAGAUUACGUUUACUAUUUUGGUGAAAGUUCUGAUGAGCAUUGAUCCUGGUGAAGAUUUAUAUAAUUUGAAGAGAGAGUUUGAAGAGUUCAUAAAAGGGUUGAUUUGCUUGCCCAUUAAGUUACCAGGAACAAGACUAUACAAAUCCUUGAAGGCUAAGGAGAGAAUGAUGAAGAUAGUGCAAAGGAUAAUAGAGGAAAGGAAUGAUAAUAAGGAUUGUGUGGCAAAUGAUGUAGUGGAUGUACUCUUGCAAGAUAAAGAUGAGUCCAACACAAUCCCCAAUAUAUGGUUGAAAAAUAUGAGUGAGAACAUCAUUGAGAUGAUGAUUCCUGGUGAAGAGACUCUUCCUACGGCUAUGACCAUGGCUGUCAAGUUUCUUAGUGACUCUCCUCUUGCUCUAUCCAAAUUAGUGGAAGAAAACAUUGAACUAAAGAAGAGCAAAAAUUGUUCCGAUGAUUACGCAUGGAGUGACUACCUCUCACUGCAAUUUACUCAAAAUGUAAUCAACGAAACCCUUAGAAUGGCAAAUAUUGUCAAUGCCAUUUGGAGAAAAGCUAUAAAAGAUGUAGAUAUUAAAGGGUACCUAAUUCCUAAGGAUUGGUGUGUUGUAGCAUCUCUUACAUCCGUUCAUUUAGAUGGCACGAACUAUGAAAAACCUUUAGAGUUUGAUCCAUGGAGAUGGGAGAAAAUUGAAGCUGGAACUAGAAACAAUUGUUUUACACCAUUUGGUGGUGGACAAAGACUGUGUCCUGGGAUUGAACUCUCUAGGCUAGAGCUCUCUAUUUUCCUUCAUCAUCUAGUUACAACUUACAGAUGGGUUGCUGAGAAGGAUGAAAUUAUUUACUUUCCAACAGUGAAAAUGAAAAAGAAGCUCCCAAUUAUUGUGACAACCAUCAACACUUGAUUGGAUUGGAGAAUAGAAUAGUUCUUGUACAGCUUUAUAGACAGAUUUAUGUAUCUAUUUCAACUUAGAUCGUAAAAUUUGAGUAUAGACAAAACAAUCCUACUUAGUUAUCGGACAGUUUCAAGCGAAGAGAAAGAUUCAUCGAAUGAAAUAUUUUAUUCGAUGAAUCUUUCUCUAUCCAACUAGAAUUGUCUAUUUAUCUGAGACAAGACUAAUCUGACAAUGAUAUAGUGGUCAUCCCAACUAAAAAGAUGAUAUGUACUCUUGCAUUAGCAUUAGGGUCACAUCCAUUUUUUGUUAGGAGAAAGGUGCCUAUAGGUCCUCUUUGGAUUAUAUUCUAAAAUUGAUUAACAUUUGAGAUGAUUGGAGCUAACUCUCACAUCUUAUGUCUCAUUCCAUUAAA